AUGGAAAACUUUAUUGACGAAAAAAAAUUGUUUACAAAGAAUAAAACAAUUAAACCUGCUUUUAAAGUACCUAUUUACAAUCAGACACCAAAGAGGGGAGAUUUGGUCGAUGAAAUGAAUUUGAUAGGAAGUACAUAUCAAGAGAAAGGACAUUUUAAGCGUAAAAAAGAAGAGAAUUCUAAACAUAAAAGACUUAGAGAAGAUGAUAAAAUGAAAGACAUUAUGGCACAAAUUGGGGAGACAAUAGGAAUAAAAAACAAUUAUAGAAGAGAACACACAAAAACACAAAAUAUAUUUUAUAAAGACAUGAGUAAAAUCAAUAUAAAUAAUAAAUUAAAAAAAAAUAAUGAAAUUAAAGAGGAAGAUAGGUUAACAGAUGAAAUAGAAUGCUACUUAAUAGAUCAGCAUAAUUUUAAAGAGGAAGUAAAAGAAAAUAUUUGCUUAAACUCGGAAAUACAUAGUAACAUCUCUAGUAGAUUAUUAAAAAAUAAUGAGAAUAUAUUAUUUAGUGAUAAUGUAGAGGAUAAGUAUUAUAAAUCUAAGUAUAAUUCUCCGAACACUGGUAAAUAUGAUAACAAUAAGAGAUUUAUAUCUGAUAUAAAACAUAAAAACGUUACACAGAAUAAUCCAAUACUUAAUACACACUCUAUAAAAAGAAAAUUUAAGGAAGAUAACGAUCUUGAUAUUAUCAUGAUGCAGGUUGGAGAAACAAUUAAGAAAUCAAAACAAGAAUCUAAAAAUAAUAAGGUUGAAUUUUGUUCUAUUAAACCAUUUAAUGGUAAACCAGUAAAGAAGCCUGGGCCUAGAAGGAAGCCGGAUUUAAGUAGCUUAGAGAUACAAAAACUAGAGUAUACAUUUAAGAUUAGAAAACUUAAAGUUAUACAGUCUAAUAUAAGACUUGUAGCUAAGGAAUUAAAUUUAUCGGCUGCUAGAUGUUUAGAGUAUUUUACUAACCAACAGAAAAUACAAAGUUAUAUUUAUGUCAAAAAAAUGGAACAAAACAUACAAGAAAUAAUAGAAAUACGCAGAAACAUAUCAAACAUUCUAUGA